AUGUCGAACAACAUGUCUUCUAACCCUACCGCCUUCAACUUCUCCCUCGCGAGCGCGGAACAGACCAGUGUCAUGAUCCAGAAGUGCCCUCUCCUCCAGAGGGUCGCGAGUUCUUGGGGCAACACUCCCGCCGACUGGUUCCCCAACGGCGUCAACAACAUCAGCGACAUCUCCAAGCUCCCAAACGCAACCAAGCAGCUCCUCGCCCAACUCGCCGAGAAGAGCGGCCCGGCAGGCCGUGCCACCUCUCUGAGCCUCAUGGCCGAAUCAGCCCAGCGCAGCAGGCCCCGCGGCAACCAGGCGCACCGCAUCCACCCAGCCGACAUCAAACACGCGCUCACGCACUUCACGGCCGACAGCAACCAGCCCGAGUCCGCUGCGCCCUUCGUCCACCGCGGCAUCCGCCGCCCGCGCUCGCCCUCGACGGACACCUCUUCCGACUCCGACGAGGAGCCUGCUCCCCAGCGCCGCCGCCUCGAGCAGGCUACCACCAAAGGAGCCGCGGCUACCGCUUCCAAGUCGGCGGCUCCACUGGACGAGCGCAGUCUGCUGGCGUUGAAGGACCUGGUCAUUUCUGGUCACGAAGACAAGCUGAAGAAGCUGCAGGAGGAGAACGACAAGCUGGCGGCUGAGAACGCGCGUCUGAAUGCGGAGAAUGCCCAGGUCGCCAAGCUUGCCGGCACGUUCUGCUCAGCCUGGCAGAUGGCCGCCCUGAUCAACGGCAAGCAGAGGGACAGGGCGUCGGCGCCGCCGCCGCUCAAGAGCGAGGAUAUCGAUGGUGCGCUUGCUGCGUUCGAGGGCGUCAAGGACAAGCUGGCGCCAUUCCUGCCUGAGGGCCUGCGCACUGUCGACGGCUUGGGAGCGCAGUUCGACCGCCUCGUUGCCGACGCCAUGGAAUUCGAGGACGAUGAGGGCGACUGCGAUGACAUGGUUGAUGACGUCGAGGAUGAGGAGGAGGAGGUUUGGGGCUAUGCCUCUGACCCGGAAGAUGAAGACAUGGAUGACGACGACAGUGGCAACGGCGGGUUCCCGUUGCGUCUGUUCCGGGAUGAGCUUGCCAGGGCGAAGAAGGGGACGGAGAAGCAGUGGGUGGUGGAUGAGGAUGAGGAUGACGAGGCGGAGGAAAUGGAUGACGAGUAG